AGUGGUUAAAUACAGCAAUCGCUACUCAAGUACACGGCAAGACCAGGAAGAAGAACUCCGACCAAUCGAUGUGUGCCGAACCAAUACAUAACUAGCCCUGCAGGGAUAUUUUUUUCACUUCAAUUUCGUAAACGCUUUCUGACAUCAAGCUACUAUAUCAUUAUUGGACUUCUCAUCUCCCCAUUAACUACACCCAAAUGAGCAACACAUUUUUCUACUGCAGUUGAUACAACCGUGAAGAAAUGGCAGACGAUGAGAUCGACUACAAUAUUGUGUUUCCAGAUGCAGUGACAUCGGAAAGACACUGGCAGGGGACAAAGGAGCCGGUUGUCAUCCUCUUGGGCUGGGCUGGUUGCAAAGACAAACACCUCUCCAAAUACAGCUCCAUCUACAAUGAGCAGGGCUGCGUGACCAUCCGCUACACGGCCCAGCUGAAGUCCGUCUUCAUCUCGGAGUCGUUCGGCUUCAAGGAGCUGAGUGGCACGGCCCUGAAGCUUCUGGAGGUGCUGUACGACUACGAGGUGGAGAACAGCCCCGUCUUCUUCCACAUCUUCAGCAACGGCGGCUUCAUGCUCUACCGCUACGUGGUGGAGCUGCUGCACAGCGACAAGCAGUUCAGCUCGCUGCGCGUCAUCGGCGCCGUGGUGGACAGCGCCCCCGGCAGCGCCAACGUGCGGGGCGCCCUGCGGGCCCUCACCGCCACCCUGGGGCCCAGGGUCAACCCGGUGCUGUGGUGCGUCCUGACGGCGCUGUUUGCCGUGACGGUGUUCCUGCUGCGCGUGGUGCUCUACCCCAUCACCAAGUACGUCCACCGGAACCAUUAUGACGCCAUGGCGGACCACCCGCCGCCCUGGCCCCAGCUCUACCUGUACUCCGGAGCCGACCGGGUCAUCCGGCACAAGGACGUGGAGGACAUGGUGGGGACCCUCCGGCGCCACGGGGUCCCGGUGGAGAGCGUCGACUUUGCGUUGAGCGCCCACGUCAGCCACUUCCGGGACUUCCCGGUGCAGUACACGCAGCGGUGCCGCGACUUCCUGGUGGCCUGCAUGGCGAGCGGGGAGGAGUCCCAGGGGAGGAGCAGACGGCUGGUUCAGGCACAGUGAGACCAGGGGGGUGGGACUGGGAGGGGGGGUCUGUGGUCUCCUGUUGGGAGACCAUGGAGGGGGGGGUCUCAACCUCCCUCUUCCCCCCUGCAUGGACCAAAGGGUGAGGAGGUCCAUUGGUAGAGUAGUCUGGCUGUUGGCUGAUCCCUGCUACGACUACACUCACCUCUACAGAAUCGAGCUAGGAUGGGAGCUAGUAAAUCUCCGCCGAGUGAUUGUUGAUUGGUUCAUUGGAAAUGUUGAGACAUUUAACUCCUAGCGGUUCCUGUUUCACUUCCUGGUUCACAUUCAAGUUCUCGUUGAACAAGGCUUUAGACGCUGUCUGUAGAAACUGAUUGCUACACUCACUGUUUGCUUGCAUAACCUUUUAAACCACACACACACACACACACACACACACACACACACACACACACACGCUCGCUCUAUCCGUAUGUACCUACGGCACUACUGUAUUGUAACACAUGUAGAAAAUGAACACUAUGGCUUACACUGGAUAUAUGUAUUCCAAAUUGACUUGACACCAUUGUCUGCCUUGAGUAUAUAAUCAUGAAACCAUUUUGACAGUGUUUAGGAGUCUUAACACCAUUCUCUGUUACUGUUACAAGAGCCCAUCUUUAUUUAGAAGGUAUAUUGUGAUGGAUAUUCUAAGUAUGUCCAGAUAGAAAGUGAUAAUAUUAUGCCCAGUCAGCCACAUGUUUUAAGUGACUUUAAGAGUGAAUUUAUGAAUUUAACGGCUUCAAUAUUACUCUGUGUAGGCUAUAGCCUUUUAUUCAGGCUACCCAAUGGAUUAUGUUUAAGUGCUGCAGAAGAUGAAGGGAGUGGAGUUCUAUUGUAUUAAUGUGAUAUAACUUCUACAACAUUGGGUUGGAUUAAUGUGAAAAUUAUGUUUAUUGAUUCACAACGUUGUGGUUAAAUAUAAACGCGAAAGCAACUUCAAGCUUGACUCUUCUAGGCAUUGAUCAAUCAAUCAAUCCUUACAGCACUUUAAUUUACUAAAAACCAGUCCAGUCUUAUUAUGCAAUUUCAGUUAUACAUUUUUCUAAAUAACCCAUCAUUAGCUCAUCUCAAAUUUAAUAAAAUAAAUCUGAAUUAUUCUCUAUGAUAAAUAUAUCUAGGCCUAUGUAUUUUAAAAAGAGCAUGUUCUUUGAAUAAUAAUGAGUGACAGUAAACUUAUACAGAGAUACAUUUAGAUAUUAAGACAUCAUUUAGUAUAAUUGUUUUAUUUCCCAUAUCGUUUCCAACGGGCAAGCCUGUCUUUCCUCUUACCAACGGACUUGAUUUGAGUAACGGAUAGGACGUUCAGUGACCUCCAACGGCCUAUAGAGGGCAGCCUUUAUCCGCAGUAGCCCUGCACAGUGCAGCCGGUGCAUUCAAUUUGAACAAUGAUAUUUUGUUAUGGGUUCUCCCAAGUGCGCAAAUAAAGGCUGUGUACCAGCAUUGCGUCUACAGAAGCCAUUGUAUGAUUUAAGUGUUUGUUUGUUGUGUAGUACACAAGGAAAGGGAGGCAUUAGAUUGGUAGGAAAGGUUUUUUUUGGUAUGAAGAAAAGCAUCUUAACAAACAUAAAACACAAUCACCAUUCCGUUUGAAAGCUUUUUGGUUGUAUAUAUUUUUUACAGUUCCAGGAAUUGUGUGUUAUGUAGGCUACUUCAUUUAAAAAAAUAAAUAAAUCGAGGUGGCCUGAGGCAUUUCCUUUGUUGAGUUACGUUUGGAUUCAACACUUUUGCGGAUAUUCAUUUUCUUGCUUCAUUUUUUCAAUGUAUAUCGUUGGGCCUACUGCUGGGAAAUGUAUGCUAUAUGAAAAAAUAAGGUUUGUGUGGAGAUUUUCCUUUUUCAGGUUCUAAAAGUCUUAAUAAAUCAAAACUUCGCUAAUUUGAUUAUUCGAUUGAGUCGGCAGCAUUGCUUUGGCAAGAGUUAAAGUAAAAUGAAAAAAAAUGAAAUUGAACGAAACAAAAAAAAAGAAGAAAACGUAAGUUAAGACCGCUGUCAUUACAGCCCCCUUUCUGAAACGCAGGGCGGGAAGGAAAUUACCGUCACGGAAGUUAAUGAAGUCUCACGCGCUGAUGAGGGCUGGAAAUUGCUGAGAAGAGGGGUCAGCGCUUUCUCUUUAGCCUUUUCCUGUUCGUCGGAAAAAUGGCUGCGGUCAAGAUCCAUACUUUUAGAGGACGCGGAGCACUCAGCAACAUGGAGGGAAGAAGAGGAAAAAUACGACUGGAGAUUAUAGAAGAUGUCCUUGAACAGCCCCCCCGCGGCUCGACGGACCCCCGCUGUCGCUGGAGGACAUUUGACAAGCAGCAGACGGCACGGCCAGCCAAGAGGACCACCAUUAGCCGGGUGGAGGGCGAGGACACAGAGUUACACACAUUAUCUCCGUCCUGAUCACAGCAGAGCGGGCCCUGCCAGGACCCGUCUCCGCUCCGACGACAGUUCCUUACUAAUUAAUGGACUGGGGCCCCGAUCUCCAGCACCCGACGCUACACAAACCACAUGCACCAAACAUGCUGCUCCGAUUGGCCGUGGCUCCUGUGUGUGUCUGUAAUUGUGUAAUUGUGUGUGUGUCAUUGGAAACGCGUGGCUAAGACAAGGGGCAUUAGGUUGGAGGAAGGAUAUUCUAGAGAUAUUCGGAGCGCAAUUUAUCUGACAAAUUAACGGUGAUUUGGCAAAGGAGAAGCACUUCUAACAAAAGCCUUCGUUGAAAUGGUUUUCAGUUCUGUAGAAACCAGUGGAACUGUCCCCGAUCCCCUAAAGAUAUCCACUGUUGUAUUUUCCUUUUAUUUUAUUUUGUGCAAUAGACUUGUUAGCUAACCCUUAUCCGCAUUUAAAUGGUUGAAAUGAUGGAGGUAAAACAAACACAGUUCUUUUGUAUGAUUGUUUAGUGGCAACAAAUUAUAUACUUACAAAUAUUGUGUUAAAUAUACCAUCAUGAUGUUGUGGUUAAAACGGGAGACUAUUUUGUCUUGCCAUGCCAACUAACAUUAAAACACAAGUAAAAUGUGUACAAAAACAAAGUUGAAACACAAAGUGUUUUUUCUCUCUCUCUCUACCUAUCGCGGCCCACAAUGCACGGCUCACCUUUCAACUGCCGGCCAUCCC